UCUUUCCAUUGGAGAAACGUCAGAGAUACGAUGGUUUUGAUUGGUCAUCGCUCAGAAGGCGGAUCCAAGGCCGCCCGAGUAGAAGUUGAAUGGUGAAAAAGGAGGUCAGUCAAACACAGAGCCCCGCCUUCUAAGAUUGGCGCGUAACCUAGCAACACAGGAGCCGCGGAGAUGGUGAACCGUGGGCAGAGAAACUUGCUUGCAGUUUGAAGUGCCGGGUUGCUGGAGAUUGUGACAGCCAGGAGAGCCUUGAGUUGGCCGACGUCUCAGUGCCAGAGUAUAGCCAGAGGCAAAGCCAGCUGCUCCAGAGAUGACCUUAGAGGUCUUCAGCAUGGCCCCUUCCUACCAUGGGCUGGCUAUCCAAAGAAUCCCACUGAGGACGGACCUAAUCCCGGCUGUGCCGAUGAAGACCUUGGCCCCAUCCAAAUCCAAGCUCAGCACCAUCGAGGCCAAGAGAAUCAUGUCAGUCCUGGAUGAAGGCAUACAAAAGGUGGGCCUGGUGACCCUGAUGUCCUACGUGGAGUCUCACCCCGAGGCCCUGGAGGGAAUGUUCCCUGAAGACUUGGUGAGAGCCGUGAGAGAACACUUGGACCUUGGCCAGGCCCUGCUGGAGGGUGCCAGCAUCCUGCAGGAGAAACAAAAACGUCUGGAAGAAGAAGUGGAGGAAGCUGAGGAAGGCUGGUACCGAGACCGCCUACUGUCCAUAGACCUAUGCAGGGCCAGCCUGUGGCCGCUGGCACACCAGUUCCGAGACUCCACCAAGACUAUCCUGAGGCUCCUGAUCAGUGACACCCAGAUCAUCACCCUAGUGCAGAUGCAGGCGCCAGGCAGAAGCCCAGGGGCCCAGCGCCUCCUCGACGGCCUGGUGGAGCUGCGGGGCUUCCUCUUUGAAAAGCUAAUCACCAGCCCGAUGGAAGUGAAGGAGAAGAACCAGUUCAUACAGGACAUCAACCGGAGGAAUGAAAGGAACCAAGAAGUCAUCGACGGCCUCCAGGCUGAGCUGGCAGAGGUGCUGAAGAAUAAGGAGGCAGAGGUGGAGAAGGAGAACUUUGUGAUCCAAGAACUGAAGAACCACCUGCACCAGGUGUUCAAGUUCUCAGAGAACAGCCUCCUCCGCACCAAGCAGGAGGCGGAGAAACAGCAGAAGAUGGAUUACCGGGCCUCGCAGGCCAGGCUGGCCAAGAUACAGCAAGAGAUCCUGGCGCUGCGCUCACAGUACCACAAUCUGGUCAUGGAGAAUCGGGAGGUGGAGCAGGCUCUGAGGAAGAAAAAAUAUAAAGUGGAGACAGAAAUUGAGAACUGGAUCCAGAAAUACGACAUGGAGAUGAGUGAGAAGCAGGAUGAAUACGAGGACCUGGAGAGCAUCCACAAGGAGGAGAAGCUGCAGCUGGAGGAGCUGAAGGAGAGGCAUGCGGUGCUGGUGGAGGAGUUCGCCCAGAUCCGCGCAGAGAGUGAGAUCAACUCUAAGAAACGGGUGGAGGCGGAGCGUGAGAUGGUGCGCAUGGUGAAGGCCGCCACGCUCAUCCAGGCGGUGUGGAAGGGAUACCUGGUGCGCUCCAUGCUCAGGUCCAAGAGGAAGAAGAAGGGCAAGGGCAAGGGCAAAGACAAGGGGAAGGGCAAGGAGAAGGAGAAGGGCAAAGAGGAGAAGGGGAAGGAAAAGGGGAAGGAGAAGGCGGCCAAGGGCAAGGGCAAAGGCAAGAAGUGACCACCGCCGCCUGGCCCCGCCCACGCCCAGCCUCAACCACGCCCCUACCCUGCCCCAGCCCUUCCAUCCCUAGCUUUAAUGGGCUAAAAUAAAAACAAAACAACCCCCCCAAAAAAAACAAACAGAACAUUUAAACCAUACUCAAGGGCUCACCCUUCAACAGACAUGUCUCUCCCGGGAUGAGACUGAGUUGCUCACGGGCACAGCAUCCUGAGGAGGGUGCAAGCUUUGGGUCCCCAUCCUCCUACAUCUUCAUUGAGAAUGAGGCCCUGGUCCAAGCCCAGGAGCGACUGUGGAGGCCAUGCAGAGAUCAUGACCAGGUAGCCCUGGCUUGCCCUGGGACUGUCCACUCACCCACGGCUCUGCCCCAACGCUAUGAACUGUCAGAAAGGCAGCAGCCCUGUUAGUUUGUUUGGCAUUUAGAUUGUUUGCAUGGUUUUAAAAAGCAUUAGUUGCUAAAAAUUCAGAAAUCGAGGACUAUCCCAUAGAAACCUAUCAGCCCUUUCUGUAUGGAUCCCAUCACCCUGAUAUCCCAGCAUCCUGGCCUUGUAUCUUCCAUGGUGCAGC